UUCACUCGGUCGACUCGUUGGAUUCCACGUGGUUUGGUUGCUCGAACGUGUGCUAUAAUCGUGAAAGUAUUGCGAUUAUAUUAGUGAAAUUGUAAUAUCAGCAAGCAUGAAGCUUCGCAAUAAGCAGAGCAAGCGCAUGCCGGCCCGGAAGAGGUACAAGAUCGAGAAGAAGGUCCGCGAGCACAAUCGAAAAAUGAGGAAGGAGGCCAAAAAGCAUUCUAAAAAAAAAGCCAAGAUGACGGAAAUACCGAAUCAGUGUCCGUUCAAAGAAGAUAUACUAAAGGAGAUAGAGGUAAUGAGAAAGCAACAAGAGGAAGAGAAACAGAAGCAGAGGGAAGCGGCGCGUGAGAGAAAACGUGAGGAAAUCGCCAAGGGUGGUCUCCAAGGAUUGGUUAACCAGGCCGAGAAGAAGCAGUUAACACACAGGCCCAUGGAAGUAGAUUCUGAUCAAGUAAAAAGUGCCGUUGCUAAGGAAGAAAAUUCGCUCAAGGCUUAUUACAAGGAAUUCAAAAAGGUUUUGGACGCAGCCGAUGUCAUUCUUGAGGUUGUGGAUGCUCGUGAUCCACUGGGAACACGAUGCAAAGAGGUGGAAGAAGCAGUCCGAUCUGCAAAGGGAAACAAGAGACUAGUGUUAGUUCUGAACAAGGCUGAUUUGAUUCCCAGAGACAACUUAGAUCAAUGGUUGAAAUAUUUGAGGGUCAGCUUGCCUGCUGUGGCAUUUAAGUCAUCCACUCAAAAUCAAGCAAAUCGAUUAGGUAGAAGAAAGUUAGGAAAGAAAACGGAAUCCAUGAUACAGAGCAACACCUGUUUCGGGGCAGAAUUGCUCCUGUCGUUACUUGGGAAUUAUUGCAGAAACAGUGAUAAUGUGAAAACAAGUAUCAGAGUGGGUGUUGUUGGUUUGCCAAACGUAGGGAAAUCUAGCGUUAUUAAUUCUUUGAAACGCAACAAAGCGUGUAACGUGGGAAAUAUACCAGGAAUAACGAAAACGAUGCAAAUUGUUCAGUUAGAUUCUAAAAUAAAAUUAUUAGAUUCUCCUGGUAUAGUAUUCGCUAAUUCGGAUGAAAAUUCCGAUGAUACAUCUGUAGCUCUCAAAAAUGCAGUAAGAAUUCAAGCGUUGAAAGAUCCUUUUGCGCCAGCAACUGCAAUUUUAAAAAGAGUUUCGCGACAACAGAUAAUGGAAUUAUACAAUGUGCAAGAUUUUUCUACGCCGGAUGAAUUUUUCGCAAUGAAAGCAGCACGAAUGGGAAAAUAUAGGAAAGGUGGGGUGCCUGAUGCGACUGCUGCUGCGCGUGGCAUUAUUGAGGAUUGGAACUCCGGAAAAAUCAGAUAUUAUACAGUACCGCCGGAACAAUCGGUAUGUCACAUAUCCGCCGAGAUAGUCAGUCAAAUGGCUAAAGAAUUCGACAUCGAAAGUUUCGCUGCGGAAGAAAGAAUGAUGCUCGAUAAUUUCGCAACGGAUUCUGCGAAUAAUCCCACUACAGAUCCUGUGCUGAUCAAUAGUACAGGGCCUGUCACGGCGGCAAUGGAGAUCGAAAUGCAAAAGGAAACGGAAUACAAAGUGCAGAAGAAAUUAAAAAAGAAGUUGCAAGACACAAAGAAAGAUAUGUCUGGUGAGAGAAAGAAGAAACCAGAUCCACUUUUCGAGAUAGAAGGCAAUCAAAAAUUGAACAAGCUUAAAAAACUUCAAUUCAAGAAGGAAAAGAAAGCACGAGUAAGAAGAGAAAAAGCUGCUACUAAGCUGGCGGGACAGCUUGAAGGAUUUAAAUUGACUUCCAAUGAUUAUGACUUCAAUACAGAUUUUACAAAUGCGUAGAUUAUUUUCAAAUGUAUUUCGUGUACAUCAUGAACGUGUAUACGUGUAUGUAUACAGUAUACAUGUAUGAUGUUUAUAUCACAUAUAUAUUAUAUAAUAAUACGCGUAUA